AUGCCUCUUCCCAGCCAUAACAACGACCAUAACCCGCCAAGCUUUGGACUACCCACUGCUGCCCCCGUCUUGGAAUAUAUAUGCCUGUUUACCCACGAUCUGAAACGCAAGCAGAAGCGCUGGCAAGAUGGUCGACUCAAAUUCCACACGUUCAACAAGCGAAUAAUGGUGUACGAUGAGAAAGGGAACUUCAUCGGAGACAUGCAUUGGCGCGAGGACAUGGACUUCGGAGAAGGCGAAGAACUCAACCUGGAGCGAGGUGCCGUUAUAGUUCAGGUUGCCGAGUGCGUCGGCAGCAAGGACCAGGAUCUCACCGCCCUUCUCGACAAGAGAGCCAGGGAAGUUGAGCAGAGACAUGCUCGCUCUUCUACCGCCGCCGCGGAUUCGCCUCUUCCUACUAUGCGACUGUCUGCCGUAUCCCAGAACCAUCCCCAGGCCCAGUUCAGACAACGUCACCUUGCCGACGUUUUCAACACUCCCCGCGGGCCACAGGGAAGGGCUUCCAUACCCACGACCUCCCCCUACGAUGAACGCAUCGCGGCACAGCAGACCUCUAGCCCCCUGGAUGAGAAUCAGAGACCUGCAAAGAGGAGGAAGAGAGACCUUUCACCGCCAAGCAAAUUCGGUUACGCACAAAACUUAUUCGGCGCAACUUUGAACCUCUCAUCUUGGACGGCCAUUGCUCCGAAAUGGCAGACCAUCGAGGCCGCGAACUUCUACGAUUGUUGA